UUGUUCACAUUGUCCUGUGUUUGUUUCACAUGUUAUAGCGUUACAUAAAAUUAUUAAAUAUAUCAAAUCAAUAUAAUAUAGUGUUGUUUUAUGUCUACGGUUUAAAUUGAUUUGUUUUGGGUUUUUACAAUUUUGUAAUUUCGCUUUUGGUUAGUUGUUUGUAUAAUUUUAUGAGAUUGAAAUUAUACCUACAAAAAUAAACUAUGUCAAAAAGAGCGAUUCAAAUAUUGUCAUCUUGCAGUGAUAUGUAUAAAGUAAGUAACAAUUAAUUUUAAUUUGUAUUAGUUAUAACCAGGUAUUAUUUGAACAAUUUGUCAUUUUGCUUUAUAUUAUUGCUAGAAAUUAGAGACUUACCUCUUUUACACUACGUUUUGUCUGUUAUUUAUUUUAUAUAUUUGUCCUUUGGAAUCUAAAGUUCAAAGGAUACAGAGUUUGAAUUAAAUGCGCCGAAACUUUGAAAAUGAAAUUGUUUUAUAGGCAGAUUUAAGUGAUAAAAGUUGGGUUUAAUUUCAUCAUGUUGUUACAGGAUAGUAUUUUUUAACUAUGAACACUUACAGACAUAAUGAUAAGAUUUAAAAGUAAAAUAAAAAUAAUAAAAACUAUUUAAAUUGUACACACUUAUAACUGUAGAUACUUAAGCAUAUAGUCUAAUUUAAUGUUUAACAUUUAAAAUUAAUAUAAUAAUAUAGGAAUAAGUUAGCUUUAAUGCCUAGUCAAUAAUUAUAAUGCAUCCGAUAAAAAUUGAUUUUAUAAUUUUAUAUUAUAUGAUGUUUCUAAAUGUACUGGAUAUUUAUUCAAUUAUUUAGGGCAUAGUUUAAUGGAUUAUAACUUAUUACAACAUAUUUUCAAAUGCUUUUGGCCAUUGUAAUAAUAAAUGACUUUCAAUUUUUUAUGUACCUAUAAUGUGUUUUUCAGAAUAAUUUAAUGUUUUAUCACAUUAUUUUAUAAAAAUUAAAGAAAUAUUAUAACUGGUAAAUACCAGUUAAUUUAAUUUAAAAAAUUAUAUUGCUUAAAAUGAUACUUUAAUUAGAUAUUCUUAUAAAUGAUCAUUUCAAAUUUAAAUAAUAAGUGUAUGUAGUUGAGGAUUAUGAUUUUUGUAACUGGGAGGGGGGUUUGAAAUUUACUCCUGUAAAACAGAAUGUGUGAAUGUGGAUGAUUUUUUGUUUUAUUGUAAAGCAUUCAAUAAUAUAUUAGUUUAUUCUUAUGGUUUUAUCAUUUAUAGGAUUCUAUGUUUUUGUAAUAGAUUCAGAAUGAAAGAAUUUUUAUUUUGGUUUUAUAAUGAUUAUAAUGUGUUUCUUUUUUUUAAUCUAUAAAGAACUUUUCUAUCAAAAAUCUUGUUCAGAUUUUUAAUUGUUAAAUAUUUUCUGACUUUCAUUGUAGUUUUUACUAAAAUAAGGAAAAAAGGCAAUUGUUUCGUUAUUGUUAGAUUUUUUUUUUCUUGUAGUUAUUUGGUCCAAAAUAAUUGUAGAAAGCUGAAAUGUUUACAGAAUACUUAUGUUAACACUUUCUAGAUAUGGCGAUUUGGGAAAUCAUUAAACUAUCAAGGUAUAAUCAUUUUAAAUUUUAAGUUAUUUUGAUUUUGAUUUGGUUUUGUAUAGAUAAAAUUGCUUUGUGGAAACAUAAAUGUUUAAAAAAUGAACUCUACGUUAAUCAUAAAUAAAAAAAAAGUUAAGUGUAUAGUAGUGACUUUUAUUUUUAAGCAUUCAAAUUUUUCCGAAGAUCUUAAAAAUUAUAGCAUUUCGAAAAAUGAUUCACCAAACUUCACUCAGAAUUGUUUUUUCGUUAGCAAUGAUUUAUCCUUGAGUACAGAUAUAAAUUAAAUAAUUCUAUAUUUCUUCCCAAAUAGGUAUUUUACUUUUAAUUUAAGUUAAGUUUAUUGUUAAGUAGGUCCUUAAAUAUAUUUGUAUAAAUAUCUGCAUAUUAUUACAGUUUAUAUUUUUACUAAUUAUAAUAUUUUUUGAUUUUAGGCCAAGGCCACUAAGAAGGCUAAGCCUGCCGUGAAAUAUGUAUAUAUGGAUGAAAAAGUUCACCUUUGGUUAAAUGACGAAAUAAUUAAUAUGUAUAUGGAUUUAAUUAUCAAACGAUCUCCAGAAACAAUACACGCGUUUAAUACUUUCUUUUAUUUAUCCAUGUCUGUUAAUGGGUAUGAAAAUGUCUGUCGUUGGACCAAAAAUGUUGAUAUAUUUUCAAAAAAAAAAUUACUUAUUCCUAUGCAUAUAGAUGAAGAGAACCAUUGGUCUUUGGUAUGUGUGGAUUUUGAAAAAAAAUCCAUAACAUAUUAUGACAGCCUUGGAAACCGUAAUUUUGUAUGUUUAAAACAAAUAUUGCAAUAUUUGAUGUUUGAACAUUUCGAUAAAAAACUAGUAGAAUUUCUCCCGAGUGGUUGGACAUUAACAAAUAUGGGAAGACAUUGUCCACAGCAAAGUAACUUAUGGGAUUGUGGGGUUUUUGUUUGUGUAUUUGCUGAAUAUUUAGCAAGAGAUGAAAAGUUUGAUUUUUCUCAAAAAGACAUGCCUAGAUUUAGAAAACAAAUCAAAUCCGAGAUUAUAAAUAAGAAACUAAGAAUUGAUAUGCCACAAGCUUAGCUUAUUUGUACAACUAUGUAUAGUUUAAAUUUUGCUAAAUAUUUGUUUUCCUAUUGUAUAUAUUAUAUAUCAUCUGUAUAUAUUUU